AUGCUGCAAAAACGUCUGCUGCAACAUCACGUCUGCAACACAACACAUCUGCUGCAACAAAACCAAACGUUUGCAACAAAACACAUCUGCUGCCAACAAACACGUCUGCUGCUGACAACACCUGUUCUGCUGCGACAACACGUCUGCUGCGACAACGUCUGUGCCACAACACGUCUCAACAACAGUUUGCUGCGACAACACGUCUGCUGCAACAACCACGUUCUGCGCAACAACAGCAACAAACACGCCUGCCUCCAACAACACGCUUGCUGCCACGCACGUCUGCUGCAACAGCACGCCUGCUGCAACAAACUAGUCUGCUGCAAACAAUCUGCUGGUUUUUACAACACCCCGCAUGCGUUUUGCAACAACACAUCUGCUGCAACAACAAACGAGUUUCUGCGACGCAACAACACGCUGCUCCAACAACCGUUGCGUGCCACAACAAGUCUGCAUGCAACAACGCCUGAUGCAACAACACGCCUGCCUCCACACAACGCCUGCAGCAACAACACGUCUGCAGCAACAAAACGUCUGCUUGGAAAACAACCGUCUGCUGACAAAAAACACGUUGCUGCCACCAACACGUCUGCAAAGCAAACCACACGCCUGCUCGCAACCAGCACGCCUGCAGCAACAAACCCACGUCUGCUGCUACAACAGUCUGCUGCGACAACACGUUGCUGCGACAAACACGCAUGCGGCAAAAACAGCCUGCUGCAACAACAGCUGCACCAACCUAACACGCUGCUAGCAACCAUACGUCUGCAACAACACCACGGGGCCCUGCUGCGACAACACGUCUGCAGCACAAACUGGCUACUGCUGCAAAACAACACUGUCGCUCUGCGACAAACUACGGGUUGA